CACAUCUACACUUUCCGUCCACAGCACGCUUUCCGCGCUCUACAGCUGGAAGUUCCAUCCUCUUUCCCAUCCCAAAACACUUGUUUCCACCUUCUACAUCGACCUCAGUUGCGAUUGCACGCGGAAAUCGGCAACCAUGGUCUCCACCCGUGGCCAACGCGGCGUCAAGGCUGCUCAGAUCCCCGCUACCGACACUAUGCUGAAAGCUCCACCAAAACGCGGCAGUCGUAAGAAGGCUAUCGUUGAGGAGGCGCCGGAGGCUGAGCCGAAGGCCGUUGCUACGAAGCGUGGUCGCAAGAAAACAGUUGCUAUUCAAGAGCCCGUCGAGGAGCCUGAAGUCGAGGCAAAGUCGGCAUCCACCCGCGGUCGAAAGAAGAUUGGAGCCAAAGAAUCCGUCGAAGAAGCUCCGGAAGUCGAGACAAGGGCUGCAUCGACGCGUGGACGCAAGAAAACAGUCGUUGCAGAGGCCGUUGUGGAAGCAGAAGCCUCCAAAGUCGCGACGAAAGCACCGACACGUGGUCGAAAGAAGGCAGUUAUCAACCAGCCUGUCGAGGAAGAGGCCCCAGAAGUCGGGGAGAAACCUGCACCAGCACGGGGUCACAAGAAGGCCGCCACGGAGGAGACGCCAGCAGCCGAGCCAAAGUCCACACGUGCCAAAGCUGUUUCCAGGAAGCGCGUCACCACAAAAGCUGCUGUCGAGCCGGAGCCAGAACCUGUUGCUGAGCCAGAGCCACCAAAGAAAGCCACGCGCGGUCGCAAGCCGGCCGCAGCUACGAAAGAGAAGGAUGUGGAGACCAGGCCAGCAACUAAGCCUACUCGCGGUCGGAAGCGCGUCGCCGACGAGGAGCCGGAGGAGAUGCGAGAGGCUGCCAAACAGGAAAAUGAAUUCGGCGCAAAGGUCGCUGCUACCAAGACGACACGCGGUCGCAAACGUGUCGCCAUCGAGGAGCCUGUCGAGCCCCCCCGGAAGAAGAUCGUGGCCGCAGCUAAGAAGACGGCGAAGAAGACUGCGCCCAUCCCAAUUGUCACAAACGGCGCAGCUGCUGCGAAGAAGCCCGAUCGAACCACUCGUGGUCGCAAAGCCGUCCAGCAGCCUCCCUCUGAGCCCAAACCGUCUAUGUUGCCUCUCCUGAGUACAGUAAAGGUUCCGAAUCCACUGGAUGAGAGCGAGGACAUUGAAAUAGAGAAUUCUCCACCACUGAUGCCUUCACCGAUCAAGUCCAGCACUCAGAUCCAGCUAGGGCACGUUGACGAGAUUGUUAAGGCCCGAGUUUCUCCAUUGAAGGCACCACCAAUGAAGCCCAUUCCUCAAACUCAGUCUGUAAAACAGGCCAAGGACAUUGGCAUGAACAAGGCCUCGCCGCUCAAGGCUCCGCCCAUGAAACCCAUUGUCCAGGUCAAACCAUCGCUGGGCCAGGACACUGCGAACCAGAUUUCCCCUCUCAGGGCCCCUCCAGUCAAGCACAACAUUCAUUUACAGUCGGCCGUCAUGAACAAGGAUGCUACUACGAAUCAGCAGUCACCACUCAAGGCGACUCCGUUCAGGUUCAGCAACAUCUUAUCCCCACGCAAGCUGAUGGGCCACAUUCAGCCAUUCGGUUUCUCGUUGGCCUCCGCUUCGAAACCGAAGGAUCUCUCUAUCGAAAAUGUCGAGGACCCAUUUGCAGCGUCGGUCUCCCCCCUUAAAGCGUCACCUUUCAAACCAAAGAUCGCGUCACCGCUCAAGGCCCCAGCCAUGAAGCCUAAUGUCGCGUCACCUAUGAAGGCUCUUGACAACGGACUUGUUUCCUUCUCACAUUCGCCAGUUCAUCAGGCCAAAAUCAAGAUCCGCACUACAUAUCCGUUUGCAGAGUAUCCUAAGUACCCAAAUACCCCUGAAGCGAACCCAUUUGUCGAGUAUCCCGACGUGUCAAAGACUCCGGCGGUCCCCGCUCAGGGACGCACGACCCCAGAGGCAAACCAAUUUGUCGAGUAUCCUUCUUUAACGAAGACUCCACUUGUCCGUCCUCAGGCUAGCCCGGCCCCAGAGACGGACCCAUUCGUCGAGUAUCCAGAUUUAUCAAAGACUCCGGCAGCUCUUGCAGUGUCUGACGAGACCGCGAAGAUAGCUUCCAAGACAGAUUCCACGUCGAAGGAGUUCGCGGAGUUCCCCAACUACCCUAAUACUCCACAUAUUGCCGCCCUGUCGGUUGAGACAACCUCGAGAGUCGCUUCCAAGACUGAUUCUCCGUCAAAGGAGUUUGCUGAGUUUCCUAACUAUCCUAAUACUCCAGCACAUAUUACCAUUCCGGCUGCGAAAGCAUCCUCGAAAGUUGCUUCCAGCUCACAUUCCCCAUCGAAGGAGUUGGCCGAGUUCCCGAACUAUCCGACUACUCCAAUCCACAUUACUGCUCCACCUGCUAAGGCUACACCUGCAAAUGAGACGACUCCUGCGGUGGAGCUAGCUCCUGAGGUUGAGCACGUCUCUGAAGUUGAGCCAGCUUUUACGGUCGACAUUAUAUCUCCAGGCCAUAUUGGUGAGACCUCUGUUUGGAUCCCUGUACCUGUUUUAGCACCUGUUCCGCCUAAUUUUAUUUCGCCGGCUGAGUAUCAAGAUGUAUCAAUGGAGGAUGUUGAGAGUUUUGCGCAUGAGACUGAAGAUGUCCUAGAAAGGGCUUCGGAUAACCAGUCAUUCCCUUCCCUCACUUACCCCGAAGUACCCUCCCCGAUCAAGUCUGCUCUUCGAUCCCCAGCCAAGCAGGAUACCAAGACUCCAAAGAAGGCCGUUACCUGGGUCUCUAGCCCACAGGCUGAGCCCAAUAGUUCGCUGCUCGUCGACGAUGGGGUCCUUUCUGGGACUGUUUUCUAUGUCGAUGUGAUGUCCAAUGGAAAGGACAGCAACCAUCUCUUCACUCCGCUACUCAAGGAUAUGGGCGCACAGUGCGUACCAAACUGGACCAGUAAAACCAUGGGCAUCACUCAUGUUCUGUACAAAGAUGGAAGCCCGAUGACGUUAGAGAAGGUUGUUGCGUCGAAUGGCGCUGUGAAGUGUGUCAACAUUGGAUUUGUUAUUGAUUGCGAUGAGAAGAAGACGCGCUUAGAUGAGACUCCGUAUCUCAUCAGUCUCUCACACGUUCCAGGCCAGACGCCAGCGAAACUGCCCUCUAAUGUAUAUAUGUCUACCUUGGACACGAACAGCUCGGUUCACAGUUCCGCGAAGAGUUCCUUGAACCUACCUUACACCUUCACUCCAGCCCGUACUCCUUCAAAGUAUCUAGACAAUGAUUCCCCAGUCGAGACCCCACUUCAGAUGGCUAUUCCGGACUCACCGAGAACCAUUGACAGCUCAAUGCUAAAAUGGGCAGAAGAGAGGGCUCAAAUUAUGCGUGAGGCGGAGGACAAGGAAAACUCCCAGUCCUCCGCCAGGAACGUCUAUUCUCCGUCUUUUGCGAAGGCUAAGCCACUUGGAAAAACUCCAAAGACGUGUCCGGUUAAGCAACGUCCGGCCUCAUCUGUCUUUGUCACUUCCGUGACCCCUUUCCAGGAGAAACUCCGUGCUGCGAAGCGGAAGAGCGAAGUCUUGGAGCCUCACUAUUCGGUAAAGACGCCAAUCAAGGGCUUCGGGGUCAUCAAUCAGGUCAAUCCCUUCGCUUCUGUAAAGAGGAGAAAAUUCAACUAAGAGAUUGCGAACCCAUUGUACGACCACUGUAGAUGAAAGUGGAGACAAUCAGAUUGAUUUUCUUGGCGUUUUUUUGAGUGGGGUGGUAUCAAGUUGCUGUUCAUGGAGUUUUAGUGUUUACGAGGUGAUGAUCGCAUCUACGCCGGCGUUUGGGCUGCUUAAUAGGACGCCAGCUUAGAAUCUGGACAUGCAUCAACGGUCUGCAGGAUAGGUCGUGGUGUAGUUUAGGAGAUGUUCUCCCUUUGUAUUAUGACAGAAGUGUG